AUGAUUCUAUUUCUACUAUUUGUUCAAAAUCUGAAAGGUUACCGUUUGGACACCACAGUGAUAAAAUAUAUUCACGCUCACACUGGAGUGCAAUGUGUCUUGCUAUGUCUGAAUGAAGAUUCGUCAUGUAGAUCUACUAACUUCAGAAAAACCUCAAAUUCUGACAAAAAUUGUGAGUUACUCAGGGAUGUUCAUUCAGAAAAACCAGACCUAUUACUCAAGGACAAUCAAUUUGAUCACUACCAAUUGCUUGAUCCUAAUAGGGUAAGUAUGAACCGUUAUAUAUACAUACAAGAAAAGAAAUUUUUUAUAUUCGCAAUCAGUCAACGCGUAUGAUUGUGGAGCGAACUCAACCUUGCAAGCCAGGCUCUCUACUUCCGUUUCUUCCCAAACACGCAAGAGCAGAGAUCCCGGUUUAGGCUGGUCACGUGAUACUUUAAGUCAUUUUGCUGCGUGGGAGGGUAGGCUAUUUUAAUAGUCUUUGAAAAACUCACUCGUGCAUGUUAUAAAGUGGUCAUCGAAAUAUAAACCAUUUAUCCUUGGACAUGAAAGUGCAAAAGUAAAAAAAGUUAAAACGUUAUAAUCAUGCAUUCUAAAUGGUGCAGCACUUUUUAUCUCGGCGCGUAUGUGAACAGGAGCUGAGGAAUAUAUAAGCCAAACAAUAUCGUAACUGACAUAAAGCUAUAAGUAUAUUGCUAUUGUUAUUAAUAUUUUCCGUAUUUUAUACCCAAGCAAAUUAAUCAUACUAUAUUUUACUAUAACAUACUUUAUUAUAAUUUACAUUCGUGAUGGUCCAAGUUAAUAGCUUUUAUACGUGCGUAUACCUGAGUAUACAAAUUGGGCGGAAAUAGAUUUGGCUGACGCUUUUAUAAAAUUGCGACAUUCACAACAUUUAAUACAAAACAACGUAGGAUACAACAAAGGAAUUAUCGACUUGAAAUAUUAAAAUACAUGUUUUACAUAAUUCUGUUGUCAUGCUAUAAAUUUUAGUCGUCUUUGUGUCCAUGAAAUGCGAGUCAUCGCGAAUUUUGAAGAAUAGGAAAUUAUAAACAAGCGUUGGCCGAUUGUCUAUCUGUCCUAAUUGUAGUCCUUGUGAUACAGGUCUUAGGCUUGAAAUACAGAAUUGUGUAGAGAUGUCUUCAAAAUGCAUUCUGCGAAGAACCGCUGCCGCGCGGUCGGUUCGCGUAUACGGCAUGCAAUCGCCUGGAUUAUUGCCUUUAGUUUGUCUUCGAGAAUCUUUGGCUUUUCCUUUGUUUUCGAGAAUGUUUGGCUUUUCCUUUUCCGUGAACAAUCCCAGUUUGUUUUCGAGAAUCUUUGACUUUUCCUUUUCCGUGAACUGAUGAUGUAUUAGGGGGCUAAUCAGAGACAACCCAAAUCUUGGAAUGUUACGUGAAGUCGUGACCAACCUACACCAGGGUCUCUGCUGGAGCGUGUUUGGCAGGGAAGCGGAAGUAGAGUAAAACAUUACCCUCACUGAUGAUAUUUCCCUCUUGGCAAAACCCCUUGGGAAUUAAUAUCAUCAUUUAGCUUCGGGUAAUAUUUUGCCGAAUCCCCGGAGCGGAGGGUCUAUAAAUGAUGAAUAUAUAUGAUAUAGGAAAGGCGAUACAUAUAAGAUAGGAUAACCGACUUGUUACAUUUUACAAAUUCUCUGGUACAUGUGCGUUUUAAACCGCAUAGGUACUAUACAAUGUGUCAUGUAAGUAUAUACCAGUACAACAUAUUUAUAAGAUCUUCUAAUGGUAACUACGUUGGAAGAAAACACGCUCCAACUAAAAUAAUUGUUAUGAAUAUUCUUCCAACAUGACCGCCAUAUGAUGUUAUAAAUGUUCUAAAAAAUAAUUCCAUAUAUGUAGGUAUAAUAUACAAGAAAAAUAUUUUAUAUCACCAUUCGAACUCGCCCCAUGAGCUGCAUGCAUAUGAGCAGCGUGAAUAUAGCAAGGGAAUUAAUAUCCUUCAAGCAGACUAUCAAUUUGUUCAUUAAUUUUUAGAAACCUCCAGAACCAGUUUCGACAAGCACUCUGCCUCAAAUAACACAAAAACCAUCAUCAAGUAAGGUUUAAAAUCAUAAUUAUAAUUUAUAUUAUUACUACCCGACUGACAAGGACUCAUUACAGUAUGACGGGUUGGCCUAAUUAAACAAGCAAUCUUAAUAUGUAUACUACGCUAUAUAUAUUAAAAACUUACUUCCUAGGAUAAUAGUCUAGAGAAUUGCAUUUUACUUUACUUAUAGCAAAUCAAGAACUGUUAUCAUCUUGUAAGGAACUACUGCAGAGAAACAGGUUUGUGAGUUACCAAUUUUGAAGGAUUUCGUUGAUGGAAAUUUCGAGUGUAAAUUUUAUAUUUCUAGUUAGACCUAAAUCAGGAGCAGCUGCGAAAAAUGCAACUAUAUAGACCCUCUGGCAGGAAUCCAACCCGCGACCUUGCGAUUCCGGUGCAGCGCUCAAACCAACUGCAUGAGCUGCAUGCACCAGUACCAUUACUGUGUGAUAAAACUAAAACUUUAAAGUGCUUAUUCAAAGUUUUUAUGAUUUUAUUGCAAAGUUCAUUUAAUUUAAAAUUAUAAUGUAACUUAUUUUCUAAAACUUUGUUAUCUUUCUUGUUUGUCAAGAUUUCAGACUUUGUUUGAUAUGCAAAAGUGAGUCAAAUGACGUCACACUGCAUAGUGAGUUUUUAGAACGAAAACGUUUCCUUGCCAAGAAUGUGAUCAUUCCACUGACAUUGAAAGUUAUAUGCUUUAAGAAGUAUCAAGGCUAUCAUUUCGUCUGCAAAUUUGAGUUAAUGACAAUUUUAUCAAGCUAAAAACAGUCUUCUGUAAAAUACCGAUUAUGCAGUGUAACGUCGUUUAACUUUUAGUCAUAUUUGCAUGCCAAACAAAGUCCAAUAUCGAUCUUGAAAUAUAAGAAAGAUAACAAAGUUUUAGAACAAAAGUUACAUUAUGAUUUUAAAUGAACUUUGCAAUUCAAUAAAAAAUUCUCGCAUGGGCACUUUAUAGAAAAGAAUUUGAUUAGAAAUGUCGUGGUAUGGUCGAGGUUUCGACAUUCCAAAGGGACAUUAAGAGGAAGAACAAUUUAAGUUAAACCGAUAGAACUAUUCAAUAUAUAAGGAAGUUAUAAGUUUAACCAAUCUGUGCUUUAACGUCCUCUAUACCAUUAAGAAAAUAAACAAAAGAAUCAGUAAUUUUACUGGCUUAUUGGAAACGUGGUGCAAAUACCUUACUCUAAAAUUUCUGACUAAAGUUUACACGAUUUUAUACAAUGGAGGUAGGUAAUCUUUGAGUUAAUAAGCUCUUCGAGUUCAGCCCUCUUUGAGUCAAGCCUCGACCACGCCCAAUCUACACCCAUUUUCGUCAACGGCUUAACUCGAAGAAAGAAACACAACUUGGAAAUUUUGAGUUAGGCCCCGUGAAAAAAGAGGGGCAUAACUCGAAGUCAUUGAAAAUAUUCGACGCUCGAUUAAGCCCCGAUAUUCGAAGCAUGUGAAACAGCAAUGAUUUGAGUCGUAUGAUAACUAUUUCCAGCCAGAUUGUGGACAACGCAAAUCAUUACCUACGAUGUGGUUUCGCUAAUAUUCUCAUAACUUUGUACUAUUUAUAGGUUUUGCCUCCAGUACUUAUUACUCUUACUCAAGUCGUUUUAUAGUUAAUCACUUCUACUUUUACUCGAGUUUAAAUUCAAAGUAAUUUAGGCACCACUGUCAGGAAAUAUUCUAAAAUUUCUGAUCAAAGUUUACACAAUGUUAGAAUGUGGUCUUGCAAAUAUUCACAAAACUUCGUACUAUUUCUAGGUCACUCAGCAAUGGUGUUUACCAACUACGAAAUAAUGAUUCACUCGAACAAUAUCAAGUUUACUGUCACAUGACUGAAUUAUCUGGAUGUGGCCAAGGAGGUUGGACACUAGUGAUGAAAGUAGAUGGGAACAAGGUACGGAUAAUCUUAGUCUAACAUAGUCUCUUCGAAAGGAUAAACAUGACAAACAAUAUAUAGAGAAGUGAGUAAACCUUUUGAUUUCCAGAAUGAAUUCAACUACACCUCUCAUUACUGGACAAACAAAGAAACCUACGCAGUUGAAGAUGGACUUGAAGGUUUGAAUGAAAAACAGACAAAACUUGCUUCUUACUGGAACACGCCGUUUAACAAAAUAUGCCUCGGAAUGAAAGUAAAUGGUUCUACAAAAUGGAUAGCGUUAAACUACACCACAAACUCGUUACACAGUGUGAUCGAAAACGGGACUUUCAAAGAAACAACUGUUGGUAAGGAAGCAUGGAAGUCUCUUAUCGAUGGUUCAUCUUUGCAAGAAUACUGUAAUGUAGAAGGAUUUAAUAUACAAGGUGUUUACAAGUAUGAAACGUGGCAUUGGAACAUGACCAUACGAAUUGGUGUGGUGGCAAAUAAUGAAGAAAACUGCGAUAGUUGUGACUCGUGCAUUGGGUUUGGAACUUCAGUAAGUGGAUGCCGGGAUGAUGUAAGGAGCACAACGUGCGGCAAUAUGGCUGUUUGUGAACAACUGAAUGAUAAGAACACGGCGGCAUUUGGAUAUAUACUCGUACAAUAG